GCUGCUGCUGUGCCACCGACGCCCUCACGCGGUCGCGGUCUCUGCUGGUGGCUCCGCCUUCGCCUCUGCCCUGGCCUCUGCUUGUUUGUUUCCUAGGAGGCGAGGCUGCUGCACCUGCUGCACAUCACUGCACUAGUGCACUGCUCUGCGGUACCAGCAGGCACCUCCAGCUCCAGCUACUUCUUUCUUCAGUUGAGCUUCCACUAGCAGCAAGUUGGGUACUGCUACUACUCCAGUAGAUCGAAGAGAGUAGCAGCUAGCAACAGAGAUCAGGGAGGGAGGGCAUCGGGGUGGCUGGGUGCAGGGCGGCAGAAAGAAUCUCUCCGGAGCCGAGGAGGAAGACGACCGGGGACGAUCAAAGCAUCGAUUAAGCUCCGGUCAUCCGCGGUCGGAGGAUGCCUGGGGGUCGGCCGGUGUUCGUGCUCUUCGGUUCCUCCAUCGUGCAAUACAGCUUCAGCAACGGCGGAUGGGGCGCCGCCCUCGCCGACAUCUACGCCCGCAAGGCUGAUAUCGUGCUUAGAGGGUAUAUUGGCUGGAACACAAGGCGGGCCCUUCAAGUCAUGGACAAAGUGUUCCCUAAGGACUCACCAGUGCAGCCAUCUUUGGUAAUAGUUUACUUUGGUGGAAACGACUCGAUUGCUGCUCACUCUUCUGGUCUUGGACCUCAUGUGCCGAUAGACGAGUACAUAGGCAACAUGAGAAAGAUUGCGGAACACCUGAAGAGCCUAUCUGCGAAGACUCGUGUCAUUUUCCUGAGCUGCCCGCCUCUGAACGAGGAGAUGCUUCGUAAAUCAACAAGCAGUACUAUACUGAGCGAGAUAGUGCGAACAAACGAAACCUGCCGUUUGUACUCUGACGCCUGCGUAUCGCUGUGCAAAGAGAUGGACCUGAAGGUGGUUGAUCUCUGGAAUGCCAUGCAGAAAAGGGGGGACUGGGUGACAGCCUGCUUUACCGAUGGUCUGCAUCUAUCUGAGGAGGGAAGCACGAUAGUGGUGGAAGAGAUCCUGAAGGUCCUGAAGGAGGCAGAUUGGGAUCCAUGCUUACACUGGAAGGCGAUGCCGACGGAAUUUGGGGAGGACUCAACCUACGAUCUCGUCUCCUCCAGCGGCCAAUCCACCGUGAACCCCUCCGAGUGGAACAUCCACAGGAAAAUACCAUGGGACUGACUGACUGACUGAGUGACACUCGCAUGGCUAUUGACUGCCAUUGCCGAUUCAUCAUAUAUGGAUAUGGAUGUGCUGCUCAAUCGUACUAUACGACUUAUUCCUUUGAUGCUAGUUUUCUUUCGGCGCAA